UAUUUACUGACGGUUCCCAGUCCCACACUGCUGGUGUAUCCUGUGUCUGUCCCAUGUUACAUGGGCACCCUGUCACCCCUGACCUGUGGGCAGCCUGGCACCCUGACCUGUGUGUAGCAGGUAUCCUGUCACCCCUGACCUGUGAGCAGCCUGGCACCCUGACCUGUGUGUAGCAGGUAUUCUGUCACCCCUGACCUGUGAGCAGCCUGGCACCCUGACCUGUGUGUAGCAGGGAGCAUGGCAUUGAGAGCCUGCGGUCUGAUCAUCUUCAGAAGAGUGUUGAGUGCCGGUAUGAGCGACAUUGAAUUCCUCCUCCUACAGACCUCCUAUGGAAUAUAUCACUGGACCCCUCCCAAAGGCCACGUGGACCCCGGAGAGGAUGACAUGACAACAGCACUGCGCGAGACAGAGGAGGAGGCUGGCCUCCACCCCAGCCAGUUCCGUAUUGUGGACGGGUUUAGAAAAGAAUUAAAGUACAAUGUCAAAAACAAGCAAAAGACGGUCCUCUACUGGCUGGCGGAGCUCAGCGACCCCAACGCAUCGGUGAAACUGUCCAGCGAACACCAAGACUUCCGCUGGCUGCAGCUGCAGGAGGCCUGUAAAUUUGCUGGUUACCCAGAUAUGCAGGACACCCUGAAUGAGGCGUAUCAGUUCCUGCUGGGUCACCUGAAACCCUGAUAUGACUCCAGCAACUCUUCCCCAAUAUAGUUCCACAUUAAAAAAAUAUUUUUAUUA